CGAAAUGAGAUGGAGAGAAUUGGAGAUUUCUUAAACUUAGAGGAAGUUUGGACAGUUAGAUGAAAUGCGGGGACGUAAUAUAGAUAUUCACGAAAUUUGUGUUUGCCAAACAGUUCCUUAGCUACUUCAAUGGCUACGACGAGAAAUUGGUGGUAGGCGGUUUUCAAAUGAAAAAACAAUCAAUUGCCCCCUAAUUAUGUACAGUAGUUUAUAACUUUAUAUGAACAUUGAGGGAUGCUCGCAAAAUGUUCGAUAAAAUUCCUCAACCAAUUGUCUUCCAAGAAUUUCAAAAAAAUGGCAAAAGAGUUGAUAUGCGACAGUGCAGAGGCUUAAGAAAGAAUACAACGGGAGUUCUAUCUUUGUAUCAACGAAUGUUGAGGAGCCAGAAUUCCUCUACUGAACUUUGCAGCAAGGGUUUAAAAGAAGGGCUGAGAUCUUUGCAGUAUCUAAUGCUGGCCUCUAGGAGUGAUCUCUCCGUACAAUUAACGGUCAUAUUGGUGCUGCUGAAUGCUCUUCUCCGUUUUAAGAAAGGUUUAUUCCGGUUUCUCUCAAAGCUCUUCCUCCCCCGUGGAAGCUAUAGGUUAAUUUUCUGUUUGGAGGGUUUGCUGUGAAAAUGGAUGCUUUUCACUUUGAUGACGUUAUCAAGGUUCAUAAGGUGAAUUUUAAUGGCAGUAAGUAUGACAAAGUUUCUCGCAUAGAAGCAGAAAGUCAAGAUGGAAACACAUUUUGCCAGCUAGUGAUCAUCCGAGAGUUAUAUUCUGUUCAUCCGAAUGAAUUGUAUAGGAUGGUUAUUUCAGAGGUAGACAAAGACAAUCCUGAUGAGUCAGAUUUUGCUGGCUAUCUUCCUGAGGGAAAGCAGAAAUCACCUGCGGACCAAUUCGAAUUCAUCAUGCAAGGGAAAGUGUAUAAUGUCUCAACGGAUACAUCAGGAUCUGACACUAAAGCAGUGGUUCAUAUCUCCUUUGGUGGACUUCAGUUUAUGCUGAAAAGUGACCCAGCCAAGUUGCAAAGGUUUAAGCGGGGCCAGAGGAUCCUUCUUCUUAUGACGAAGCUGUGAAAGCGGUUGUGCUGCUGCAGUGGGAGCCUCAAGUGCAGUGAGUUUCAGAUACCGAAUGCCUAAACAAAACAAAAAACUUGGAGUGCAAUUUCAUGUCAAGUGAAGAGACAUUCAUUUUAUUUUCCUUCAUAUGUUGGGGGUAGAUGGGCUGUUUUAGAGGGUAGCAAGAGACCCUUCUGGCCAGAAUUGCGCUUAUUCCGUUGAUUAUAUUACUUGUUUCUCUAUUUGAAACCUUUAUUUUUGACUCAAAACAAAUCUUAUUGAUAUUUUAAUCUGCAUCUUUAAGGCAGAUCAUUGCACAAAUUUCAGAUUCGCCAUUUUCAGUGAACUCCUAAACAAAAGCAAUCAAAUAUUAUGAACUAAAAGAGGGACUUUUCGAC